CUGCGUCCACUACGGAAACAAUGACCCAAACUAACGGCAUCAAACUCACUGAACUCCGUCCUGGAUUCACGGCUGAGAUCACAGGCCUCGAUUUCGCCAAUGGCGUUACUGAAGACAUAUCCCGUUUCAUCCAGGAUGCAGUUACCAAGUACGGCGUGGUAGUCCUCCGCAACACCAACCUAACCGAUGAAACGCACAUCGAACUAGCCCGCACAUUCGGCGAACUAGACGACGUCAAGCCCUACAUCGCCGCUGGACGCAAGAACCGGUUGAAAUACGAUGAGUUGUUCGAUGUUAGUAAUAUUGAGGAGGAUGGGAGUCUUGUUGAUCCCGAGAGUCCGAGGGGGCAGGCUAAUAAGGGAAACAGCCUCUUCCACGUAGACUCCAGCUUCAACCCCCGCCGCGCAGGUUACUCCAUCCUCCUCGCGCACGAACUCCCGCCCCCAGGAACAGGCGGCGCAACAGCCUUCACAGACACGCGAACAGCAUUCGACGACCUCGACUCCGCCACCAAAACCCACCUCCUAGAAAACAACUACAUCGCCGCCCACUCCAUCCUGCACUCCAAGAAACUCGCAGCCCCGGCGUUCUUCGCCAACAUCAACCCAACAGACCACCCCAUGGGCCGCCACCAUCUCGUCCAGCGCCAUGAGCCGUCUGGCCGGAUGAAUUUGUAUCUAGCCGCGCAUAUCCAUCACAUCGAGGGCCUUGAGCCCGACAAGUCAGCAGAACUUUUUGGGGGGUUGUUUAGGCAUGCUAUGAGUGAGAAGUAUGUGGUUGAGAUUGAGUGGAGGGAUGUUGGGGAUUUGGUUAUUUGGGAUAAUACUUGUACGAUGCAUAGGGCUAUGGGUGGGGAUUUUGCGGGGAGUGAUGGAGUCGGAGAACGGAGACAGGUGCCUUGUGUAUCUUGUUAUCACUCCGGUAGUGAGUGCGUUCUGGUUGAAUCAAGACGAGGUGGGAAUUUCCGGCCAUAUCGGAGGUCAACACGACUUGAGAGGACAGCCAGUAGAGACUCUCCAAGGGGACAUGAGACCUCGUCGGAUAAGAGGUCAGAGGGCUCUAUGAAUGACAGCGAUAGGAAUGAAGAUAGCAUGGGCGAGGAAUUGUGUGCGGAAUUGAGGAAUCCGUCCGAUGCAUUGCAUAUACUGGCUCAGUCCAAUGAAACCGGCGUCUCUGGAUUUCGAAAUCUGAGUGGAACGCUAAAUAAGGAAUCCUCACAACGACAUGAGGGGACGGCUCUUGAGGAUUAUGAGUUGGUCAAAACUGGAGUGGUGCAACUCAGCAGCCUACCCGAAUUGCUUCUCAGAUUCUCCCACAAUUACCACCCAUAUUGCCCCCUCGUCCCGUCCUACAUGAUUGGACGCUCAGCAAUGCAAAAGAUACAGAAAUCAGACUACUUCCUGCUUACAGUUAUCCUGACCAUCGCGACUAGAGACUUACCAGACUACUCGCUAACACACCGCUACUGCUGGGACUACACCCGUCGCCUCAUGCUCGAAAUACUGCUGGCACAGCCAUGGACACAAAGAUCUCGAACGAUAGUGGGCUUGAUUCUGUUGUCAGAGUGGCUGCCACAUAUCGAAAUGGACAGAGCAGCUUCUGAGGAGCCGGCUGAUUUGUUCAGUGAGGAUAGGACGGCUUGGUCGCUUAUUGGUCUUGCGGUUAGACAUGGGUAUCUGAAGCGGUUGGAUCAGACUGCUUUUCGUGGGAAGGGUCGCAAGGAGAUGAGGGAGGUGGAAUAUGAUCGGAUUGUCUGGACUUUUAUAUAUCUUGCGGAUCGACAGAUAUCCGUCCGCCUAGGCCAGUCAUUCUGGUCACGAGGGCCAUCUCUCUCUGCGCAUUUUACAGCAAAGGACUUUCCCAGUAUUCAGCCUGCUGCAGGGGAUACAGAAAGAACAGAAGACUACGCAUCUGCGCUACAAGCAACACUCGAGCUCACACAAAUCCUACACAACGCCCAUGCCAUAUUAUACUCGUCUCCCGACAGAACUCUAGCAAUGGUCCAUGACGGCGAUUACAGUCGCUACCUUGACGACUUUCAGCGAGCAGCUACAACCUGGCACUCAACAUGGAAGAACAUCUCAGUAUCUCCAAAGAUAAAGAGUACCUUGUCCUUGCAAUAUGAAUACCUCUGUCUCUAUGCAAAUGCUUUUUCGUUUCAGGCUGUUCUUACGAGGACGUCUGUUUCGCGGAGGCAGGGAAAGGAGUCAUUCGCAGAGAUAUUCUCGCGUGGGAUCAUGUUGUCUCCGGAAGGUCGAUAUAUCUUUGAUGCUAUUAGCGCGGCUACGAAGAUAUUGAAGUUGAUGAAUGGUCUGGACCCGCGGGAGGAGUUGUGUUAUUUGCCGUCUAGGUAUUAUCUAUACGGGGUAUACGCAGCAGUCUUCCUGUACAAGGCACACUGCGCGGGUGCAUUUCAAUCAGAAUCCCAAAGUCGAGAGGCUGUGAAUCUGGCAUUGAAAUUUGCAGCCAUCAUGGGAGAUACUGCAUCGAGCGAAAUGCAUAUUAGGCGCAAAUACAGCUGGAUGCUGAAGGGUCUAUUUCGCCGACAGGAACAAAGGACGCCAAGGGACCCUGUCCAGGAUACAGCAAAUCGACCUUGCCAAGAGAGCCCCCAACCACCAGCGCGAGAUGAGACUACUCACCGCGCUGCUGCUGAUGCGCCAUUCAACGAAGGGACAGUCGUCGAUCCAUCGCUAACACCCGGACAAGACAUCUCAAUCCUUCCCUCAAUGGAAGACUAUCCCUUUGGUCCAUUUCUGCCGGAAGUCGUGGAUAUCUUGGGGGUUGAAGGCUUGGGUGCUGGAUUCGAGUGGCCGAUUGAGGCCUCAGGGAUUUGAUUUGAAGAUUCCGGACUUUAUGUCUAUUGGGUGAUUGGAUGUAACGUCAAGACAUUGACCUGACUGGGCAGGAUAAGAAGGGUGGUCAAGCACAGAUUAAGGGUGAUAAAUGGAGGGCGAAUCAUUAUCUUGUUGGGGCUGGGUAUUGGCAUCGGCUUCGGCAGAUAGUCAGUAUACUUUUGUGGGGGAGGUUAAGGAUGAGAUGGAUUAUAUUAUGGCUAAAGCAAAAAAGUACGAAAAGGAUCAUCCGAAAUACAACCUGGUGACGAACAACUGUGAGACCUUUGCAAAGGAGUUGUAUAAGGAGAUUACAUAGACUACUCUGCAUAUACUGCUUUUUCUUAGUGAAAUCCAAAUCAAAUUGCGAGC